GUGUCGUUCGGUCGCGCUCCGGAGAUGUCCGGGGAGUCCCGAGCACGAGGUGUCACGGCCGGCAAUAACAUGGCACCGAACCGGCAGCCCGAUGAGGACAGGGAGAGUGACAGUGAGGGCGGUGCUCCGCACAGCACGGACUCUCAAAUACUGAUGAACCAACUGAGAGAGAUAACAGGGAUUCAAGAUCCAGCUAUUCUGAAAGAAGCACUUAAGGCUAGUAAAAAUGACAUAAUUCAGGCUGUAAGUUUUCUAACUGAUGAAUGUGCCAAAGAGCCAGAGGAAAACACUGCUGAACCGCCUGAAGGUGCAACCACGGUUAACCAACCAAAAGCUGCCGUGGUCAGGUUCAUGAAUGAUAAGGAUGAGCUCGAGGCAGCCAUAGCCCUCAGCCUGCAGGAAUCUACAAGCCGCCAGGCAGAGGGGAGCGAUUCAAGAGACAGUAACGUACUUCAUGUCACAUGCACUGACUGCCUUUCCACUGAAAAUAAGAGCCGUGCCAAAAGAAAACGAUCGGACGUCUGGGGGAAUUCACCGGAUCCCAAUGAUCUGAGGAGGAACGGUGACUGGCCUGUCGGAUUAAAGAACAUUGGAAACACGUGCUGGUUUAGUGCAGUGAUUCAGUCGCUCUUCCACCUGCCACAGUUUCGAAGACUGGUUCAAAGUUACAGUAUUUCCCAAAGCAUGCUGGAGAGGUGUCAGAGCAGAAGUGAGAAGAGAAACAUUGCUUUUAUGCAAGAACUUCAGUGUCUGUUUGCUCUCAUGGUUGGAUCCAACAGAAAGUUUGUGGAUCCUUCUGCUGCGGUUGAGCUGUUGAAGGAUGCUUUUCUGUCUGAAGAAGCACAACAGCAAGAUGUCUGUGAGUUUACACACAAGCUGCUGGAUUGGCUAGAGGACGCUUUCCAACUAGCCGUUUGCGGAGAGUGUUCAAGAGAUAAGGCUGAAAACCCAAUGGUGCAGCUUUUCUAUGGUACAUUUCUUAAUGAAGGAUAUCUGGAAGAUAAAAACUUCUCUAAAGUCGAGACCUUUGGGCAAUACCCCCUGCGGGUAAAUGGCUUUAACAACCUAAAUGAGUGCCUGGAGGCGGCAGUGUUGGAGGGAGAUCUUGAGCUCUCACGUACUGGCCAAGCAGUGCAAUAUAGGCAAGAGCGUUGGUUUACAAAACUUCCCCCGGUGCUAACCUUUGAACUUUCUCGGUUUGAAUAUAAUCAGUCUUUGGGUCAACCGGAAAAGAUCCAUAAUAAACUUGAAUUCCCCGAAAUAAUUUAUAUGGACAGGUACUUGUACAGAAACAAAGAGCUCAUUAGGAAGAAGCGAAGGGAUGUCAGGAAACUGAACAGGCACAUCGACUACCUCCAUCAGAAACUGGAAAGAUACCUGAAGUAUGGAUCUGGACCCAACCGUUGUCCCUUACCUGAUAUGCUUCGAUAUGUGCUGGAGUUUGCUCAUGCUAUAUCUGCUGCAAGGAGCCAUGCUGCGGAUUUGACACGAAGUGCAGAGACUCCAACAGAUGACUCUACUUCCCGCGACUCUCAACCACAAGAAAAUGGUCCUCUAAUGAAUGGGCACAUUGAACACUUAAGCAGGGAAGAACCACGCCUUCCUUUCCUGGAGGAUGAAUCUUAUUCCCUACAGUCUAUUGAUGAAAGUUGCAUGGGAUCUAUUGAAGAACCAGCUCCACAUUCAGCCACAAAGGAAGAACUCCGCUCCGUGGAAACGUGCCUGCAGAGGUGGAGAGCUGAAGUGGAACAAGACAUUGAAGACAUAAAGGUAUCUAUUGCCAAUUUAACAGCAAUGAUUGAUGACAUCUACAAUGAGCCUGACCUGAUGCAGGUUCCAUACAAACUCCAUGCAGUGCUAGUUCACGAAGGCCAGGCUAAUGUGGGCCACUACUGGGCUUAUAUAUACAGCCACACCAGAAAAUGCUGGCAUAAGUACAAUGACAUCUCUGUGACUGAGGCCACCUGGGAAGAGCUGGAAAGGGACUCGUUUGGAGGCAUGAAAAAUGCUAGCGCUUACUGUCUUAUGUACAUAAAUGACAAGCUACCGUACUUGAUUUCAGACUCCGAAACUGGACAGCUGGUGGAUAGAAUCGGCACUCUCCCUCUUCGUUUUGUGCAAUAUGUCAGAGAGGACAACCGAGGGUUUGACCAUGAAGUGGAAGAAUGGGAAGAUGCUCACUCCUGCAAAAUGCCUCAGAUGGAGCCUGUUGUAACCUCAGAAGAAGAGGCCCCUUCUACUUGCAAUGGCUCCUCUUCGGCUGGUGAGGAUUCUACAAGGUCUUUAUCCUCCGAACAUGCUAUGAUUGCCAAAGAACAGACUGCUCUUGCUAUUACUAAAACAGCUGAGGCAUAUGAAAGAAAUGGUGUGGAGGCUGCGCUGAAGGAGCCAUCAGAACCAAAGCCAGAGGAGGCCAGUCAGACUGAACCCUACCUCCCUGAUCAGUCAGUGGAGAAGGAACAGCAGCCCAGCUCCCAACUAUCCGAGGUGGAGAUCCCCAGUGUGGGGAAGAUACUCGUUAGAUCUGAUGCUGAUGGAUAUAAUGAGGAGAUGAUGCUGUGUCCUGCCAUGCAAGGUGUUAUCUUGGCAAUACUCAAAGCCCGCCAGAUCUUUGAUCGUGAUGGGCCAGAAGCAGGGCUUGUUAAGGCAUUCCAUGAAGAAUAUUCCCGACUCUGCAAAAUUGCCGAGGAGCAACCUUCUCCAUCCAGUGACCCUCGCUUGCAGCAUGUGCUGGUCUACUUCUUCCAGAAUAAGGCCCCGGCUCUUGUGAUUGAAAGAACUUUGCUGGAACAGUUUGCAGAUAAGAAUCUCAGCUAUGAUGAGCGAUCCAUAAGCAUUAUGAAAGUGGCUCAAGCAAAGCUAAAAGAUAUUGGUCCAAAUGACAUGGAUAUGAAACAAUACCAGAAGUGGCACGAAGAUUACAGCCAGUUUCGUAAGGUGUCCGUCUAUCUUCUAACUGGACUAGAGCUGUACCAGAAGGGGAAGUGUCAAGAAGCCCUCACAUACCUUGUGCAUGCAUAUCAAAGUAACAGUGCCUUGUUCAGUAUCGGAGCAAACCGUGGAGUAGACAGGAAACUCAUUGAGCUAUACAGGAGGAGAUGUCUUCUGGAACUAAAUGAUAAGGCUGCCAAAAUGUUUGAGACUCAGAAAGAGGAGCAGGUGUCUGAAGGAAUCAGCAUAAUGAACGAUAUGAUCAUCCCAUGCAUGCACCUCAUCGUCGACAACAACAUCUCAGAGGAAGAUCUGGAGGCCAUUGAAGACAUGAGGAGUCGUUGGUGCUCUUACCUUGGUCAGGAUAUAAAUGAAAAUGUACAGCGGAAACUUGGCCAGUUCCUCCCAAGACUUUUGGACUGUUCUAAUGAAGAUAUUUCAUUAAAGGAGCCCCCCAAAAUCCGGCCUCACUCACCAUACGAUUUGUGUAAUCGUUUCACAGCCAUAAUGGAGUCCAUCCAUGGAACAGUUAGGGUCAAUUAGAACUGAUGAGAUGUUCCUUCUAGGUCACCAAAUAUCAACCACUACAGACUGAUUGACAAGGUCACCUCCUCAGUCGCGUUGGCCCCCUGUAUCCAACGCAACAGUUUUUUUUU